UUAACACUUUAAUUCACUGGCGGGCGAAUCACUCUAUAUAAGUGGAACAUUGCUCGAGAACCAGUCAGUAAUCGCAAUAUCGUGAAUACGUGUGUAUGCAUCAAAAAUGAAUAAAUUUAUAAUACUACUUCUCGUUGUUGUUGGCGCUGCUGUCGCGAAGAAGCCGAUGACAUGCGGAGUUGUCGUCCUGAGGCCUCACGAUGUGAGUAAGCGAAAUGUAACUGGAGAACUGACUAUCACACAAAACGAAUCCAAUGGACCCGUUCAUAUCAUUGGCAAUGUAUAUGGUCUCACCGAAGGAUUGCACGGUUUUCACGUACACGAGAAAGGGGAUUUGAGACAAGGUUGCACAUCUGCCGCUGCUCAUUUUAAUCCAAAAAAGGUCUCUCACGGUGCACCAGACAGUCCCAUAAGACACGUUGGCGACCUGGGAAACAUCCAAGCCAACGCUAACGGAGUAGCGGUAGUGGACAUCACCGAUAAUGUAAUUUCCCUCAGUGGACCGAACAGUAUUUUGGGACGCGCGAUUGUCGUUCAUGCUGAUGAAGAUGAUCUGGGUCAAACACAACAUCCACUUUCUAUGACGACUGGAAACGCGGGAGACCGUUGGGCAUGUGGCAUUAUUGGCCUAGUUCAGUGAUAUUUCUUUCUAACCCAGAUUGUAUUUCUUAUAUCGAUAUAUUUACUUCGCUGUUUCAACUCUCGCAGUAUACAAAUGUAAUAAGAAUGAAAAUUGUAAUCGAUUAAAAGUAUAAGACAAACAACCAGAAUGGAAGGAUCUAUACAGGCUAUGAAUAUAAAAUUUACUUAUGAAAAUAAAAUUUACUAUUUUCUUUUGCUGUUGUAAUUUGUAUCUGAAUCCUCUUUGAUAACAUUCGCUUGUAACAAAUGAUUUACUUUUAUAUUAAACCUUUUGGUCCAUUUAUUCUAUACUCGCAUAAUAU